GAGUGUGACACACGGUGCAGCCUUGAAAACAGUCUGCCCUGAUUAUAACACUGCAACUAUGUGAUAAAGUUCAUAUUUUUGAAAUAAAGAAACGCGGUUCGAGACACCUUACAUGUAUGGGACAGUUAGUGUUAGUGUUAGUUGUUCCAGUUAGCUAGUUGAGAACACGCAGCCCGGGAGAGAUAAACGUGUUUUCACCUUGGCUUUUGCUCUCACUCCUGCUGACUGUCCAAAGCUUAGGCAGCAAUGUGGAGCUGUUUGACAAAUACCAGGAAGUCAACACAGUGGGUUUAACUAUUUCUUGGUUUAAAGCCAGACGGCUUGACCACAGCCAGGGGAGAAAAUGAGCGGCCACAAGAUGCUGUUUUCCGGGCUGAAGCGGUGGACUUCAGGAAGAAGUAGAUGGAUAAGUGGACUUCAUGAUGGUUUCAGCCCGAAGGUGUGUAUAGUGGGAAGCGGUCCAGCAGGUUUCUACACGGCACAGCAUCUGAUCAAGGCACGCCAAGAUGUUAAGGUGGACAUUUAUGAGCGGCUGCCUGUCCCCUUCGGUCUGGUCAGAUUUGGAGUGGCCCCUGAUCAUCCUGAAGUCAAGAACGUCAUCAACACGUUCACGCAGACAGCCAGACAUUCUCGCUGUAGUUUCUACGGUAACGUAGAUGUGGGGAGAGAUGUGAGCGUCGAGGAGCUGCGGCAAGCCUACCACGCAGUCGUACUGAGUUACGGGGCGGAGGGAAGCAGGAGUAUGGGGGUGCCGGGAGAAGACUUGGCCGGGGUGCACCCUGCCAAAGACUUUGUGGGCUGGUACAACGGGCUGCCCAGCUGUAGAGAGCUGAGACCAGACCUGAGCUGUGAGACAGCCGUCAUUCUGGGACAAGGCAACGUGGCCUUGGAUGUAGCGAGAGUCCUGUUGUCUCCUCUUGACAUUUUAAAGGAGACUGACAUCUCCCAACCGGCCCUGGAAACCCUGGCAGAGAGCCAGGUCCGCAGGGUAUUGAUUGUUGGCAGGAGAGGACCCAUGCAGAUCGCUUGCACAAUCAAGGAGAUUAGAGAAAUGGUGAACCUGCCAAACACCAGACCUGAGAUGAUGGCAGCAGAUUUUGAGGGUGUCGCAGAGGCUCUCAAAGAUUUGCCGAGGCCCAGGAAGCGGCUGAUGGAGCUGAUGUUGAAGACGGCCCUGGAGAUCCCAGGAGAGAAGGAGCAGAGGAGGCGGAACGAGGCCUCCCACACCUGGGGCUUUCAAUUCUUCCGGAGCCCCAUUGAAAUCCUGGCCGACCCUGAACGCAGCAGGACAGCUGGCAUCCGGCUGGCGGUCAACAGGCUGGAGGGCUCAGGUGAUGGAGCUCAGGCGGUGCUCACCGGAGAAGUGGAGGAUUUGACCUGUGGCCUGGUCAUUAGCAGCAUAGGCUACAAGAGCCUUCCCAUCGAUCCAUCGUUGCCGUUUGACUCACGCAAAGCCAUCGUCCCGAACAACAUGGGCCGCGUUCAACAAGCUGCAGGUCUAUAUUGUAGCGGCUGGCUGAAAACGGGCCCCACUGGGGUGAUAGCCACCACUAUGAACAAUAGUUUUGACACUGCUCGAUCCGUGGUGGAGGACAUGGACUCAGGAACGUUGGACGUAUCUGCUGCCAGGCCCGGUUCACAAAGCGUCAGUGCUCUGCUGGAAAAGAGAGGAGUAAAACCAGUGACCUUCUCUGACUGGGAGAAGAUUGACAGUGUGGAGAUGAGGAGGGGGGAAGCCGUUGGGAAACCCAGAGAAAAGCUUCUGACUGUGGAGGAGAUGCUGCAGGUGGCUCGAAGUUAACUGAACACAAGAAACUGUUCACGGGUGAACACUGAAAUCUGAGUGACUGUUGUAGUAUAAAACAACAGUGACCAUACUGACAGGGAUCAAUGACUGACCACAAUGGGCACAGAAAAGAUAUGGCAUUAUAGAGCAAUCAACAUGGACUCAAUUUAGAUUUCACACAUUAAAAGCUAGUGGGUGAUAUAGUUUACCCCAACUGUAUCGAUCUAAGGCACUGAAAGACUGAGCUGUGUUUUAGGACUCUCUAAUGGAUACUAUUAAUAAUGAGGUAUUGUGUAUUGUAUCAUACUGUAUGUAUGUUAAAGAGUAAAAACUAUGUUGUGGCUGAAUUAUGUUUUUACACUUUCUGCACUUACACUUCAUUAAAUGAUUUUUUUUUUUAUACUAAAUAAAAUGUAUGUAAGAUAUAUCCUUUUA